GCUCCGCUGCACCCUAGUCCCUUCCCACCGCUUUGCAUGUCUCGGUUCGCCUCCAUCUCUAGACAAACUACUACCUCGGAUUGUUCCUCCUCUUCCUUUCUUCUGUCACCCUGUUUGUCUGGUGCUUUGUUUAUUUCAGGCUGUUACCCGUGCCUUGCUAUUUGCUCUAAAUUCGCCUGCUGGUCGCGUGUCUAAUCCUUCUUCCCCCCCGGUCCUUCCUGAUGAGUCCAGUCACCCGCUCCAACGUCACCUUCGAUAGUUUCAGUGUCCACGUUUGACUGGUCAGACGGGACGAGGUAUCAUCAACCAGACGCCAUGGCGAUAUGGCCGUUUGGUCGUAAGAACAAGCGGCAUACAAUCCAACUGGAUGCACCUGCUGUGGCGGAUGUCCAGUCGUCGCAAGAGCCUCGCCACAGCUUCGAUGACGGCAAGCUCGGCAGACUGUCCCGCAAGCACUCCAAACGUCAGAAGAACAGACACGCCCAACCUGUUGAAGUUGUCCCGAGCUUUUUGCACGAUGCUUCUCAUCCGACGUCUUCCCCUGUCGUCCAGUACCCUCCACCUACGUCACACAGUGAGCAGCCGACCCCGAUCAAAGAAAACCGGGCCCCGGUCUCCCGAGCUGGUCAGCAUUCCGACGCCUACACUACUUACUCCACCAUGAGCCACGAACAACCCUCUUUGUCUCGCUCUGCAUCGUUGUUGAAAUCCAAGCGUAACGAAAAUGGUCCGGCAGUGUUAAAGAAGAAGCUGAGUAAGCGCAAGGCAUACGAGAUUGCCAGGGAACGGGAAAUACGGAUGCUGGCUUCUGCUCCCAUCGAUAUUCCUCGCCGUCACUCUCCGCUACCCGCGGAGCGGUUGUCCAUUGAGACACGCCGGGCUAAUGGGGCCCAGAGUCGACGCUCCGACCGACAUUGUUCUGAUACCAGCCUUUCUAUGCGUGACUCCGCUGCAUCCUCACUCUCGGAUAUUUUCGAAUCCUAUACGUUCAAGGUUAACACUUUUGCUGCAUGGACGCCUCGUCCAGUCAUACGCUAUGUGGAAACUCCUCGGGUGCCGACAGCUAAGAGUCAAAGACCGUCUGAGCCUUCAAUCCGGAAGGAUAAGACCCCUGCCUAUGCCACACACAACGAGCACUCGCGUUCUAAGAAGAGAGUAGACAAGCUAGCCGACGACCUGGAUGCCGGUGCCCUAAGGGAAUUGCUCGAAAGGGACCGUCGGCGCAGGGAGAGGAAGCAACUUGAAGAUCAAGCCAGACUCCACCGGAAGUUGGAACGCGCUGCGGAACAACAACGGCAAGCAGAAGCAGAAGCAGAAGCAGAAGCCGAAGCCGAUGUUGUUCCUCAAGAACCAUCCAGCGAGGCUGAGGACACAUCUUUAGUUCGACGUGGUCGGCCGGGCGCGGAGAGCCGGGCUGUCUCUGAUCGGUCAAAAGAAUAUGCCCCUCGGACCAAUGAAACCAAUGCCUUCCUGAGCGGUAAUACUUCUGGAUCUUGGCUGAGAGGUGCUUCCAAAGACACAGAGCGACGUGGCCACGAGUCCGUUGAUAGUGUGCAUGUCAUUGGUAACAUCGACGAUAGCUCCAUUCGGGAACCAAAGCUUGUGAUGCGUCGCAGCUUUGCUCCCUCGCAAGACAUGGGCAUGUCCGGCAGCAGCCUGUCUCAUUCGCCGUCGAGGCGUGAACUGUAUAGUCCAACUUCUUCGCAACUCUAUGGCAUAGGCCGAGAAUCCACAUCCGAUAUUUCGCGAACCAUUGACUCAGACCGGCGCUUGUCUGACCACGGUAGCGGACGUGUUAAUACGCUUACUUCCAUUUUCAGACGGGGUAGCUCGCGGCUUAAACGCAGCUAUCGUGAACGUUUCCAUGAACGCAGCCCUGAGCACUCGAAUCCGUCUCAUGAAUCUUUCUUCAAGGUUCAGACGCAAUCGUCUGGACCACCUCCUUCAUUCGUUGCUGCUCCUCGGACAUUCCUAGGGUCAGGUACCAUCAAGCGGUCGCAGUCUAAGUUUACCGAACAUUUCGGUGACGAGCCCCUUUCUCCACCUGACUCACGGCUUCAAUCACCCGAUAUUCCAGAGGUGUUGGAUGAGUUUGAGAGAGAAGACGAGAUGUCAGAUAUCAACAUGGGGACCCAGUAUCCCAUCCCCAGUUCUGGAUCAGAACCACAGGACAUCCCGAGAAAUCCUCACCAUUCUUGGACAGGCGAAAGCUGGGAAGGUGACCCGGAUAAUCUUCCUUUGUCCCAAUCGUUAGCAUCGAUUGACUCCGAAGGGUCAUGGAUGUCGGGACAAUUUCUACGCCGCAUAUCUCAGAAAAAGGCGAGCAAUCCACUGCGCACCAGCCUCAGUUCAUCGCGAAACAUCAUGGAAGAGGGCCGUGAGGGAUCCUCCCAUGGAGAUGAGGCCCCAGUUAGCGAACCUCUUGUCAGAUUUGGGACCAACCAGGAUGAGAGUCCCAAAUCUGGUCCUGAUGUAGCUGGUGCGUCACCUGACAAGGAUACGCCUAUGGAUAGCGUACCAGAGCAAGCCGAGGAGACCUGGCAUGAUCAAAUCGCCCGGCGACCUGUACUUGUGACACCAGCGAUCCGUCCAAAGUCCAACGAAGGACUCCUGAAGAAUGUCCAGUCGUUCUGUGCCGAAGAAGAGUUCAGCCCCAUCGAAGAGCAUUCUGCCGAGUUCGAGCUCGAAACGUCGGACCACCACGCAAAUGGGCGCCCAAAUUGAGCCCGGUCGCCAGCGGACAACCUUGUGCGCAACGUUGCUUGGAUCAACCAAGGUAGAUCCUAGUGACGCCCUUGCUACCAUGAGGAAUAAUUUGCGCGUGUUGAGAUUUCUUUGAUGUCAACA